AUGACCUCACCACGGUCAAAUCCAGGCGCAUCCGCCCCAUCUACACAACCUCUCACACCUCCCGCCGAUGCGCCCUCAUCCACCAGCAACAAUCCCUCUCAAGCAAACAACCCGGCCACCACAACAGCCACCAACAACACCUCCGCCAACCCCGGCCCAGCCAACGCAACCAUCCUCCCCGCCACCUCACUACAAGACACAGGCAAAUCCCGCCGCCCGCGCGAUGCGCGCCUCAUCCACAUGCUCCUCGCCUCCCUCGGCGUAACCGCCUACCAAGAACGUGUCCCUCUCCAGCUUCUCGACUUUGCUUACCGAUACACAUCUAGCACGCUGCAGGAUGCCGUCUACCUUGCCACGGAGGGGUAUCCGGGGGAGUCUGCGGGUGCUGGUACAUCUACUAGCAAAGGCGGUGGGGAUGGCAAGGCACAAGGGGGAGGCCAGCAGGCUGCGAAUUUGGAUCUCAGCUCAGUCAGCCUUGGCGCGCUGCGGAUGAGUAUUGCGUCGCGUCUGCAUUAUCAGUUCCAGCCGGGUCUGCCGAAGGAGUUUCUUAUGGAUGUUGCAGCGGAGAGGAAUCGGAUGAUGCUGCCUGGUGUUAUGCGGGGGGUUGAUGGUGGGGUGGCAGCCAGUGCGGCGGCGGCGGCGUCGGCUGGUGGCGUUAUGAUGGGUGGGAUGAGGUUGCCGCCUGAGCGAUUUUGUUUGACAGGGGUUGGGUGGGGACUGAAGGAAGAGUGGGAGAGUGAGGGGGAAGAAGAAACGGGCGAGGGAGAGAUGGAAAUUGAUGCUGAUGGGAAUAAUAAUAGUGGGCAGCAGCAGGCUGGGGGGACGGGCCAGGUGUCAAUCACGAACGAGAGAGGAGACGGAGGGGAAGAUGAAGAUGAUGGCGAUGGAGCGAUGGAGGAUAUAUUUGGUGAUGAGGGCUUGGAUGGGGAAGUGCGGGAUGAGGAUAAGACCAUGACAGAUGUUUGAUAUCCCUCACUUAACCGAAACAUUGAGAAGUGGUCCGUUUGGGGCUUGCUAUGAUACUCUUUUUUUCUCCUUUCAUGUUCUCAUUUCACCAUCAUAAUUUGGGACGGGCGUUUGGCUUUUAUUUCUUUUUACAUUCGGAUGGGCGCCUCGGGACGGUUAAGAAACAAAAAGAGUUCGAGCAAUAUAGCGAAAUAAACACUGUUUAGCGAAGAUCUAAACGCCAUUUAUACGGUUUAUAUUUAUAC